CCGACCCCGCCCCGCGCGGCCCCGAGGCAACUUAGCCCGGCGGCCCGGAGGGGCACCAGGGACCGCGGUGGCCCGAGCGCAGCCAGAGGAGGAGGAGGGCGCCCGCCGUGCAGCGCAGCUCGCAUCUGCGGCCGCGCGGUCCACCUCCCGCGCCGAUUCCCCCGCGUGCGUCCCUCUGUCCGCGGAGCCGGCGGGAGGCCCCGGGCUCUGGGCGCUGUAUGGGAGGCCAAACCAGACCGAUGGCGGCGGCGGCGGCGGCGGCCCUGUCGGGCCUGGCGGUGCGGCUGUCUCGCUCGGCCGCGGCCCGCGGCUCGUACGGCGCCUUCUGCAAGGGGCUCACGCGCACGCUGAUCACCUUCUUCGACCUGGCCUGGCGGCUGCGCGUGAACUUCCCCUACUUCUACGUCGUGGCUUCAGUGAUUCUCAACGUGCGCCUGCAGGUACAUAUUUAGAGCAACUAACUCUGUGGCAUUGGGGGGUGCCCAGCAGGAUGGCUGACCUCCACCCACCGCCCUAGAGCAAAGCGACCAGCUCGCCUCGCGCACACAGACUUGCCGGCCUGUCUUGCCAUUGCCCCAUCUUUUCAUAUAAAUGCGCGGCUAGAAGUCAUUUGCGGAAAGCCUGCAAUAUAAUCAAAAAAGCCUAAGAUAUAAUGAAAAGUUGAAUCUCAAGGAAAUAGCUAAUUCAAAGAACAGAACUUAAAAAUCUGAAAAUCCUCAGAAAUAUCUGAGAAGUUCUUGCAUCCAUAAAACAAAAGACAGCACCGAAGGUAGGGAAAUGACAAUAAGCACAGGAUGCCCUAAGGGGGAAAAAAGGAAAAGUUACUAACAACUUAAAAAAAGAUAAACUGUACAAGAAUGGUCCAAAUAGGAGGCAAAUCCUCCAAAUUAGAAAAAGAAGUGAAUAGACUUCCAACUGAAUGGAAUCGAUUCCAGGCAACAGAAAUUUAUCGCAUGAUCGGGAAGGCAUACAUUUCUUCAUCCCAAAAGAAACGACAACGGCAAACAGAACCUACUGGGAAAAACAAACAUUUCAAACUGUACAAGGAGAGCAUGCUUCACAUAUGAAGCAACCUCAGACGUGGCCUGUUUUUCAAGCGUUGCCUGGAGUGUGAGAAAGGGAAUCUGAACGCUGGCACGUGGAUCAACACUCAAUCCAAUCAUAGCGUUCAACUUUGCUACUCAGUGAACAGUGUUUAAAUAAUCAUUACAAUGGAAAUAUUAGUUAUGCUUUUUCAUUUUUAGAGUAAAUCUCUAGGCACAGCAGGGGAGACUUAAUUAUAGUUAUAGAACAGAGUGGGAAUGUUAACCAACUUUGACAAGUACAGGCAACAAGUUGGCAGGUAGAGAGGAGGAAAUGGAACAGUGGUGUUAUUCUCCUAAACUAGGAAGUCCAGAUACUGUUUCUAGUUGAAAGAGUAAGACAGAUUUAGGGGUUAGAUUUUUAAAGUGAACAAGGUAACAAACAGAAGAGUUAAAAAUAGUGAUACAACCAUAUGGAGGGGGGGAGGAAAACCAAGGGGACAGCAGGAAGUCAGCAGAAAAUGCCUCAGGUCAUCAAGUUAAGAAAUAGUAAGAAAAGCAUAUUAUUAGGAAAAAUGGAGUUAACCUCUAAACAGACAUGUAAAAGUUUUUGCCUCUGGGUUGGGAAAGCAAAAGUUGAGAAGGGUGGGUGGGAAUUUACUGCUUUUCAUUAUAUGUCCUUUUGUACUGGUUGAUUUUUCUAAAUCCUUUAUAUGCAUGUAUUACUUUGAUUAAAAGUUAAAACUUAUUACACAUGAAUUUACUGCAAUUAGAAGGAAAUCUGGGGGAAGUGGGGGUACAUGAGUUCAGGUAGAUUCUGCCUUCCUAUCUUUCUGCAAUAGUGGAUGCAUAUCCUAAAAUGUUCCUGAAUGAC